UCACUCAAAAUCAGAAACAUUCGUCUUUUUUUUCUCCUUCUGUGCUCCACAAAGCAAGCUCUCAACGGCGGAGAUGGCACUAUCACGGUUCUCUUCUCGAUCCAACACUCUCCUCCAGCCGUUCGCCACCGCAUUCCCCGUCGCUCUUCGCCGCCAGAUUUCCACAGACACCUCACCAUUAACAGUCGAAACCUCAGUCCCAUUCACAUCUCAUCUCUGCGAAGCUCCCUCACGCGCCGUCGAGACCUCAUCCAAAGAGCUUCUCUCCUUCUUCCACGACAUGGCUUUGAUGCGGCGGAUGGAAAUCGCCGCCGAUUCGCUCUACAAAGCCAAACUCAUCCGUGGAUUUUGCCAUCUCUACGACGGUCAAGAGGCCGUCGCGAUCGGUAUGGAGGCAGCGAUUACCAAAAAAGACGCCAUUAUUACUUCGUAUCGAGAUCACUGUACGUUUCUAGGUCGUGGUGGAGGGCUUUUCGAGGCGUUCUCUGAGCUUAUGGGAAGAAAGACGGGUUGUUCUAAAGGCAAAGGAGGAUCUAUGCAUUUUUACAAGAAGGACGCUUCGUUUUACGGUGGUCAUGGGAUUGUUGGUGCUCAGGCUCCAUUGGGAUGUGGUUUGGCUUUUGCUCAGAAGUAUUCAAAGGAUGAAGCUGUGACGUUUACUUUGUACGGUGAUGGUGCAGCGAACCAGGGACAAUUGUUUGAGGCUUUGAAUAUUGCAGCGCUUUGGGACUUGCCUGCGAUUCUGGUUUGUGAGAACAACCAUUAUGGGAUGGGAACGGCUGAGUGGAGGUCAGCUAAGUCUCCAGCUUAUUUCAAGCGUGGAGACUAUGUUCCUGGCUUGAAGGUGGAUGGUAUGGAUGCACUGGCUGUAAAGCAAGCAUGCAAGUUCGCCAAAGAACACGCACUCAAGAAUGGACCUAUUAUCCUUGAGAUGGACACUUACAGGUACCACGGUCACUCUAUGUCUGACCCAGGAAGCACUUACCGUACACGUGAUGAGAUCUCAGGCGUGAGGCAGGUGCGAGAUCCAAUUGAUAGAGUGAGAAAGUUGAUCGUAUCUCAUGACAUAGCUACGGAGAAAGAGCUUAAGGAUAUGGAGAAAGAAGUGAGGAAAGAGGUAGAUGCAGCGGUAGCUCAGGCCAAGGAGAGCCCGAUACCGGAAUCAUCAGAGCUUUUCACAAAUAUAUACGUAAAAGGUUUCGGAUCUGAGUCUUUUGGAGCAGACAGAAAGGAACUGAGAGCAACACUUCCAUAAAUUAUGGUCCCGGUUAUGCCCAUCACAGAUCCGUCUCUUAGAUUCAUCCUAACCGCAACUCCUCCAUGAGAUCCCGGUUCAAUGAAUCCCAAGACCAACUUAAAAAUUGCUCCAAACAUUUUUGGUUUUCAACUCAAUUCAAGUGUAGAUCCUGUUGUUUCAGUUUCUCAACUUCUUUUUAAUUAACUCUACUUGAUUGAUUUCAACACACAUUUAAGUGCAAACUGGGUCUAAACUCAAAAGCAUUGAUUCUUUUAAUGAAAGGAACGAUUAUUA